AUGUGCAUAAACUUCGGCGGAUCGGAGACAGGAAAUUGCCCCGGGCAUAAGCGCCAUCAGGCAUAUUUUCACUUGGAUUGGCAAUUUAUAUUGGCACGAGCGGCCAAAUCGUAUGAUCCUCGCACAGAAUCUCAAGCUCCAGAGGCCAGCGGUGACUCAGGCGACUGUUGGUAUGAGCAGAUAAAGCUGGAAAAUAGCCAAGCUGGAAAGUUCACUGAUGCGUGCAAAAGGGGAAAAUAG